AUGCCUCUCCUCCGUCCGCUGCGUCCGGCUAAUCGUUAUGUGCUCCCCUCACUGCGGCUUCCACGACGACACUUCCACCCCCAUCCACGCCAAUUCCAGCGCUUCGUACCCCCGUGGCCCAGUUCACUAGACAAACCAGUUCCUACAAAUACAACACGAUCCCGAAAAUGGUUGCGUCGCCUUGCUUAUCUAUCCCUAGCCACCGGCACGGUCUACAUCAUCGAUAACCAGUUCUACGCCUCGUCCAUCACCCGCACAACCCGCACCUUCGCACUAGGUCUACUCGUCGCUUUAGACUACAAGAUCAAUUUCCGUCCGAAUCCGCCGCUAGCCAGCUCCGUCACAGCCGUCCAUGCCCGUAGCGCGGAACGAUUGUCAGAUUUACUGCAGCGGAAUGGGGGUCUUUAUCUGAAAAUCGGACAGGCGAUAGCCAUGCAAUCAGCCAUUCUGCCGGCAGAGUUUCAGAAGAUGUUCUCGCGCAUGUUUGACGACGCCCCGCAGAACGAGUGGAAGGAUGUUGAGGCGGUGAUAAAGGAGGAUUUUGGGAAGUCGGCCGAGGAGGUGUUUGGGGUUUCGUUUGAUGGAGAACCGGAUAAGGGUGUGUUCGAGCGUCGAGCACGGGCCAGUGCUAGUGUUGCUCAGGUGCAUUGGGCAAGAUUGGCGGAUGGUAGGGAAGUGGCUAUCAAGAUUCAGAAGCGGGAGAUUGCUCGUCAGUUGGAGUGGGAUCUCUGGGCGUUCAAAGUCGUGACAUGGGUCUACACUCGCGCAUUUGAUAUCCCCUUCUACAGCCUCGUGCCGUACAUCAGCGAACGCCUAUCUCUAGAGACCGACUUUGACAACGAAGCUAGCAACUCAGAACGCAUGGCACAGCUGGUCGCAAGCGAACCCCGACUCCGCGGCCGUGUCUACAUCCCCAAAGUCCACCGUGAUCUCAGUUCAAAGCGCGUCAUGACCGCAGAAUGGAUAGAAGGCGUGCGGCUAUGGGACAAAGACUCCAUCACCCGGCCCUGGCGCGGCGGCUGGCGCGAGGGAACACCAGGCUGUCAAGGAACCCCAAUGGAUCCGCCGAAAGACAACCCUGCCAAUCCAACAUCAAAAGCAACCGACAAAAUCAAACCGUCGCGCGACCACUGGCGCGGCCAAAACAACGAUGGCGGUCUCGGCCUCUCCCUAAAACAAGUAAUGACCACAAUGGUCGACCUCUUCUCCGCGCAAAUGUUCCUUUGGGGCUGGGUCCACUGCGACCCUCACCCAGGAAACAUCUUCAUCCGCCGCACACCCUCCGGUAAGCCUGAACUCGUCCUCAUCGACCACGGCCUCUACAUCCACAUGGACCCGGCCUUCCGACACCAAUACGCGCGGUUCUGGAAAGCCUUACUUACCUUCGACAACGCAACCCUCGGCGAUAUCGUCAAGGGCUGGGGCGUGCAGAACGCAGACCUUUUCGCUUCCGUCACGCUCAUGUCACCCUACCGCGGCGGAAACCGCUCCACAGAACAGCAUCUCACGGGCCUAAGUAAAUCAGAACUUGCGGCCAGACACUACGAAAUGCAACAAUCCGCCCGCAAAGCAGUCCGCCAGAUCCUGGGCGACGAGACUAAAUGGCCGCAGCAACUCAUCUUCAUAGGCCGCAAUCUGCGCAUCGUACAAGCGAACAACCAAUUCCUGGGGUCACCUGUUAACCGCGUUAAAAUCACUGGUUUGUGGGCUUCGCGCGCACUCGCUGAAUCUCCGGAUUUACCCUUUGGCGAGAAGAUAAGUAACUGGGGGAGACAUUUGGUGUUUAGGGUUGUUUUGAUCGGGAGUGAUGUGUGGUUCUGGUUUGCUAAGAUACGGCAGUUUUUGAGACUUGGAGGCGGCAUGGAGGAUGAUAUCGAGGCGCAGAUGCAGGGGAUGGCGAAGGAGAUGGGUGUUGAGUUGAGGCAGAAUAUUUUCGAGGGUUGA